CGAUACGGUUUCGGUUUAGUCGACUCCGAGUCUAUCCAGCUCAUAGGCGUCACCUGGUCCGUUCAUUUUGGCCCAGCAAGGAGCGCGCUUCGCGAGUUCGGCUCAUAUUCUCGUCUUUAUCACCCUCAUCACCAUAACCCGUCCGUCGGGCAGGCACCCUCUGGCCCAUCACAUCUCACGCAGCCGCCGCGAUGCCCGGAAAGACGCCGGAUAAGGAACCCGUUGAUAACGGUGGCUACCGAGGUGGCAAAGAUAUCGAGAUGAAGGAGAAGGAUGAGGCGUCAUCGCUCAAGCACAAGGGAAAGAAGCCGGCCAAGGAGGGCGAGGACGAGAUGACCGUAGUUGUACCGCCGUCGAAGAGUUCAAAGCAAUCGUCUGCUCCUCCGCCCAACGAUGCCGACGGGGAUGUCGCCAUGGAAGACUCGGAGAAGGCUGAGGCAGAGGUCAAGAUCGACCCCGUCAUCCAGGCAAUCAAUGACAUCAAAACCAACUUUGCCUUGUUAGAUCGUGCCGUCGCCCUGUUCGACGCAAGGUUCUCUCUCCGGGCGCUUCGGUCCAUCUCUUCCCUUCGUAAACGACUGACACCGGACAUCAUUGCGCAAGUCAUCUCGGAAACAUAUACCUCGGCCGGAGCACAGGUGGCGAAUCAGCUCUUGGCUGCGAUCGGGAGGGAAAACGUCCCCCUUGGGCGUCAACCCGGUUCGGAGAUGGAGGUGGACAGCGAGGCUAAGAGCCCUGCGAAGAACGGAAUCAAGAAGGAGAGCAAGGAGAUCAUCCCGGAGAUCGACGUCUUCCUAGGCAUCUUGAUCCAGGUCCAUCUCUUUGACUCAAAACAGUACCAACAAGGCGCCGAGUUCUCGCAGGAGCUGUCCGAUCGAAUCCACUCUCUCAACCGCCGAACGCUAGAUUCUCUUUCUGCCAAGGUGUACUUCUACUACUCUCUAUUCUGUGAGCACAUGGCUCCGCUGCCCCCGUCGCCCCAGUCCCCGAUCGUCGCUAUCCGGCCAACCCUUCUCGCCGCCCUCCGCACCGCCGUCUUGCGCAAGGACAUCGACACCCAAGCCGCAGUCAUCGUUCUUCUGCUCCGGAACUACCUGUUCACGUCCCAUAUCGCCCAAGCCGAUCUCCUCGUCUCACAUACGCAGUUCCCCGAGAAUGCGGCCAACAAUCAGGUCGCGCGCUUCCUGUACUACCUCGGUCGGAUCCGGGCCAUUCAGCUGCGCUACACCGAGGCACACGAGCACCUGACAGCGGCAACCCGCAAGGCGCCCAGCAGUGCCUGCGCCCUUGGCUUCAGCCAGACCGCCACCAAGCUUCUGCUCGUGGUGGAGCUGUUGAUGGGCGACAUUCCCGACCGUGCAACGUUCCGGGAGACCACAAUGGAGCAGCCCUUGCACCCGUACUUCCUCCUCGUGCAGGCCGUCCGAGUCGGCAACCUGGAGGACUUUGAGACCACUAUUGCGGACCACGCGGACACGUUCCGCCGCGACGGUACCUACACGCUCAUCCUCCGCCUGCGCCAGAAUGUCAUCAAGACGGGCAUCCGCAUGAUGUCGCUCAGCUACAGCCGCAUCUCGCUGCGCGACAUCUGCAUCCGCCUGCACCUGGGAUCCGAGGAGAGCGCAGAGUACAUUGUGGCCAAGGCUAUUCGGGACGGCGUCAUCGAGGCCACUCUCGAUCGCGAGCGCGGGUUUAUGAAGAGCAAGGAGAUCGGUGACGUCUACGCCACAAGGGAGCCUGGCGAGGCCUUCCACGACCGUAUUCGAGCCUGCUUGGCGUUGCACGAUGAGAGCGUGAAGGCCAUGCGCUUCCCCAUGAACCAACACCGCCUCGAGCUGAAGAAUGCCCAGGAAGCAAGAGAACGCGAGCGUGAAAUGGCCAAGGAGAUACAGGAGGGCGACCUGGAUGAGGACGACCUCGGCGGCGAGUUCGAGGGCAUGUAAUAUCUUUUCCCGCGUUUUGGUUUUUCUUCGCCCUUCCGUGUAAACUUUGCAAGACAAUCGGGAAGAUAAAGGGGGAGCCUCUUUUUAUUAUUAUUUCAUCAUCUCUGCCCCUUUUCCCGUCUCUGCCCAAC